CUAAAGAUAUUGGCGAAUACUUAUAUAAAAUUUGUGAUGAUAGUAUUAGACCAAGACAUUUCCUUAGCGUAGAUAAUGCAGAUGAAAUAGAAGCUAUACUCUCAAAUUACGAGAGUCAUUCCUUAUAUCAAUUUAUUAAUAAAGAUGAGCCACUCUGA